AUGGAUGCGUUGAAGCUUAGGCUACGCGCAAAGGGUCAGCUUCACCCGAUCUUGCAGGAGCUUGUCACGGGGUAUGUUAGGUUCAAGGAGAGCAAGAAUUGGGAGGGACGGAGCAAAAUGGUCAGCUGGCUUAUUACUUUGAACAUCAUGAAGGCAUCCGAAGAAACCACCGAAGAACAAUCCCGGCAGCUCUUAUUUGAUGUGGAUCAUGCAUACGCCGAAUUCUCUGAGCAGCGAUAUACACGGUCCUUGGGACCCUUACAGGACCAGCCAGGCACACCGCGUGUCUUGACGGAUUUCCUGGGCAGCUGGGCUGCGGAGCGCCUAUUUCUUGACGACGAGGGGCUAUGGUCCCAAUACAGUCAAGGUAUCUCGGAAUACAUGUCGUCACCGUCAUCAUGA